GAUUGGAAGCUCAGAUUGCUGUGAAGAGCGAGCUACAGAAUGGCUUCGUGGGUUACACUGUUGUGAUUUUUUCCAUGCGGAUUUACAUUUAGUUAACAACUAAGAUACAGCAGCGAAUGUUUUUGUGUCUGUGUCGAGAACAGCUGCUUCUCCUGUACUUUUAAACUCCACAGACUCUAGUCUACCUUCUGUCUUUUCCUUGCGCACGUACGCGGGACGGUGGACCUCACACCCGAGGGAAGAUCGAAGGUGGAGAGUCUGGGGUCAAGCGGGAUAUGAAACAACUAGGAAACUUUGGCGUCUCAGAAGCGAGGGAGUCCGUGAGGUCAGCGUGAACAACGGAGGCAGCCCCUCCGCCCCCUUCCAUUCCUCCCGAGUUGUCUUCCUUCUUAAAGAAGAAUCGGCGCGGCGGCGGCUGCAGGGUUGCCUUCACACAAGGCAAUGCGGAUCCCGGGGGGGUCGGAGUGCCCUGGCCGGCUCGGCACGGGCUUCUUCCACUCCAGCCGCGGAAAGGGAUUGCCGCUGUCCCUGUUGCUUCUUCUACUACUGCUGAGUACUGCUGUGUGUCUUGCCAACCCCAGCGCUCCCAGUUUGGCCUCGCCGCACGCCAGUGUCAAUGUCUACAUGAGCGAAGAAGAGGUCAGGAAGCUCUUAGGUUUGGAUGCUGAGCUUUACUAUGUAAGAGAUGAUGUCAUUAGCCACUAUGCCCUUUCAUUCAUCCUGCCAGUACCAAGUGAAACCAACAGCCUCCAUUUUACAUGGCAUGCAAAAUCAAAGGUGGAGUAUAAAAUCAGCUUCCAGGUGGACAACUCCCUUGCCAUGGAUAUACCUCAGACCAAUAUCUCAAUGCAAGGGGAAGUUCCUCGCACACUUUCAGUUUUUCGGGUGGAUCUUUUCUGCUCAGGAAAGGUGGAUGCAGAGGUGACUCUCAUAGUGCAGCUUAAUUUAACAAUUGCCAACUCCAAAAACAUUACAGUCCUCAAUUUUAAGAGGAGGAAAAUGUGCAACAAAAAACCUGAACCGGAAGAAAAGUUUACACUUUACCCCAGCAAGAACAGCAGCAGAAGCAUUUUUGAUGGUGUGAAUGCAGCUCCCACCACUUCCACACGAGUGUUCUAUAUUAGUGUUGGCGUAUGCUGUGCUGUUAUAUUCCUAGUGGCCAUCGUUCUUGCAGUGCUGCACUUGCACAGUAUGAAAAGAUUGGAACUUGAUGACAGCCUGAGUGACAGUGGCAGCUCCCAAGGUCUAUCUCAACCCUCUACACAGACCACUCAAUAUCUACGGGCAGAUACACCAAACAAUGCCACUCCUAUCACUAACCAUCAGCCUGGUUCCACCCCCAUCCUUCAGCUCGCUGCCACCACUUCACCACUCUCUGGUAUUUCCUCCCAAGAAAAUAAAAGCUGUACAGGUUUUCCUUCACUUCGCAUAGAGAAGAAUGAUCUCCGAAGUGUAACAUUGCAGGAGGCCAAAGCCAAAGUCAAGGACAUUGCUAUCUCCCGAGAGAGAGUCACACUACGAGAUGUACUUCAUGAGGGUACAUUUGGUCGCAUUUUUCAUGGAGUUCUGAUUGAUGAGAAGGACCCCACUAAAGAAAAACAAUUUUUUGUAAAGACAGUUAAAGAUCAUGCUUCUGAAGUGCAAGUGACCAUGAUGUUGACAGAAAGCUGCAAACUGCGUGGUUUACAUCACAGAAAUCUGCUUCCCAUCAGUCAUGUGUGCACAGAAGAAGGUGAAAAGCCCAUGGUACUGCUUUCUUACAUGAAUUGGGGCAACCUUAAACUCUUUUUACGUCAGUGUAAGUUGGCCGAGGCUAAUAAUCCACAGGCCAUUUCCCAACAAGACUUGGUGCAUAUGGCCAUUCAGAUUGCCUGUGGGAUGAGUUACUUGGCAAGGCGGGAGGUAAUUCACAAAGACCUAGCAGCCAGGAAUUGCGUAAUCGAUGAUGGAAUGCAGGUAAAAAUUACAGACAAUGCCUUAGCACGCGAUCUCUUUCCAAUGGACUAUCAUUGCUUGGGAGACAAUGAAAAUCGUCCUGUACGAUGGAUGGCCCUCGAGAGUCUUGUCAACAAUGACUUCUCCAAUGCUAGUGAUGUGUGGGCCUUUGGAGUGACACUAUGGGAGCUGAUGACUUUGGGACAGACCCCUUAUGUGGACAUUGACCCUUUUGAAAUGGCUGCCUAUCUGAAAGAUGGCUAUAGAAUAGCACAGCCAAUCAACUGCCCAGAUGAGCUGUUUGCAGUAAUGGCUUGCUGUUGGGCAUUGGAUCCAGAAGAAAGGCCAAAGUUUCAGCAACUUGUGCAGUGUUUGACAGAGUUUCAUGCAGCGCUGGGUGCUUAUGUCUGAAUUUACUUAUGGAAGUCAAACCUCUUGCCAGGAUUUCAUCUUUCCCUUGUGCCUUGUGAAAAGAUUUUUUUUUUGAUCAUCAUGGUUUUCAUUUUCAAUUUUUUUAACUGAAAGUUUUACUUUAAUUUUAAUACUGCAAAACAAAUAUUUCUGGUUUCAGAAAGAACUACAAAAAUGCCGAAUUCAAAGACUAUCUAAAGAAAAAUAAAAUACUUUGCACAUAGUUAUUAAAAAGGUACAAAAAUUAAAUGAAAGCACAGAAAUGCCUUUGAGUUUUAUAAACCAAUACUUUCUAUCAGAUUGCUCUUGAUGCAGAAAUCGCCAUCUAAUGGACUUUUCUCUAAAGGAGAACUUCUAUCUUUGAAAGGCCAGUUUUAUUUUUAUUUAGUGGAAAAGGUCACAUGUCUCUAGUCACCAAAGAAUACAGAAUAACCAAAAAAAAAAAAAAA